AUGCCGAAGCGCUCCUGCCCCUUCGGGGAGGCGGCCCCGCUCCAGCUGAAAACCCGCGUCGGGCUGCGGGAGCUGAGCCGCGGCGUGCGGGGCGAGGAGUACCGGCGGGAGGUCUUCGAGAGGACCCGGCGGCUGCUUUUCAGGGGCGCCCAGGCGUACAUGGAGGGCGCCUGGCCCGCCGGCCCCGCCGCCACCUGCGCGGUCACCCGCUCGCCGGAGCCGGGUGGGGAGGCCCAGGACGGCAGCGCGGGACGCCGCUGGAGCGGGCAGCUGCUCAUCGGUCACGACGGGAAACUGCUGAGGUGCCCGGCCGCCACGGAGAAGGUUCCACCCAUGGGAGUUUCCAAAGCCUGUUCAUCAUGUGUAAGAACUGCUGAUGUCAAGGAAGCAUGUACACAGUGUGACCAGUUUGUCUGCCAGAACUGCAGCAGGCUCUGCAGCUGCUGUAACACAGUUACCUGUUCUUUGUGCUCCACUAUUGAUUAUGGUGAUAUGGGAGAGCAAGUUCUCUGCAAUGGUUGUUCAAUAUUUCAAGUCUGAAACUUGAUGAAAUAGCCUUUAUGGCUAAGAUGUCCAUAAAUUUCAUGAAGUCUCCUCCUUACGGCUGGUCAAUUAAUCCUUUUAGCAUGUGAAUUAAUUAUGGAAUUUCUAUGUUUUAUAUCUUUAUAUUGUACUUUUUAAUAUUGUAGCUAAAUAAACUUUUAUAUUUUGAGGCUUUCUAGA